AUGUUUCGUCGCGCUCUUGGACCACAAGCCUCGCGAAUUUUGGCGAGGACUUCGAGUUCAGCCCGCUGCUACACCAACUAUGAACAUGUGAAGUACCCUGUGGAUACUCAGGCCUUGGCGUGUAUCCUUGGGUACUUUUUUGUUAUGUGGGUGCUGAUGGCACGCAUGGGCAGUCUAUUCUCGUGGCGCUCGGAGUACAAAAGAGACUACCUCCGCGUGUGGCGUCGUAAACUCGGCAAAGGCUACAAGUGGUCGGAUGAAUGGGGACCGAAGAUGGAUACGGUAUGGAAGAAUGUCCCGGAUAGGGUGGAGUAA